AUGAUUCGCACCCAACUCUCUUCUUGCACUACGUCGACGGCUUGCGGCAGGGUUGCCACAUCUCUGCGGCUCACCUGGAGAAGUACGCGUAGUUCUUCCCUGGGUAUUUGGACGCCUAAUUCAUGCACCGAUCAAGGGUCCCUGAGCGUCUCGGCCCAAACCACUGUUCCGGUCGACCUUGCAUACGACGCCUAUGGUUCUGCGAGGGAGAAGGCAGGCUCCUUAGUUAUCCUUCACGGUCUCUUUGGGUCGAAACGGAACUGGAUUUCAUUAGCGAAGGCGUUCGAGAAGGAGUUACACAGACCGGUAUACGCUCUUGAUCUCAGGAACCAUGGGUCUUCACCUCACGCCGAACCCAUGACAUACUCCGCGAUGGCGGACGAUGUUCUAAAUUUCUGCGACAAACAUUCUCUAUCCAAUAUCUCGCUGUUGGGACACUCCAUGGGAGGAAAAGUGGCUGCUGCUGUCGCUCUCCAUCCGUCUCUUCCUUCCGGCCUAUUGUCGAAGCUUAUCGUGGCCGACAUAGCACCUUCGCGCGCUCGCCUUUCAUCUGAAUUCCAGGCGUAUCUCGAGGCAAUGCAUCGAAUAGAGUCGAGCCAGCUCCAAAACAAGAAAGAGGCCCAGGAUAUCCUGAAAGAGAUCGAAAAGGAUCCUAUGGUGCGAGCGUUUUUGUUGACAAACUUGGCAUCCGACACCCCACCUUUGAAAUUCCGUAUCCCGAUCGACAUCUUGAUGGGCUGCAUACCGGAGAUCGGUUCAUUUCCCUAUGCUCCGGGGGAGCGACUGUGGCCAGGCAAGACACUCUUCAUCAAGGGUACCAAGAGCCACUAUAUCAACAACAAGAAUAUCCCUGUCGCCGAACAGUUCUUCCCGAAUAUGAAGCUGGAGAGCCUUGAUGCCGGUCAUUGGGGUACGUAUUUCAGCUGUUAUCCCCCGCGUGUAAGGUCCUCAUCGAGCUCGACCUCGUUCAGUUCACGCUGA